AGGUGAAAUUGCCUGUCGUGUGAUUCGUACUGCUAAAAAAUUAGGAAUAAAGACUGUUGCAGUCUACAGCGAAGCAGAUAAACAUUCACUACAUGUUAAAAUGGCGGAUGAUGCAUAUUUAAUUGGACCUGCACCUUCUUCAGAAAGCUAUUUAAAUAUUGAAAAAAUAAUUGCUGUGGCCAAAGAAAGUGGUUCACAG